AUGUCGACAGAUACUCAACUCUUUUCACCUGCUCUUGACAAAAUUAGACUUUAUUUCGAUGCAGAAUUGCCAUUACAAGUUACCAUAGAGGACUUAGCAAAUUGGUUAAAGACUCAAAGCGUAUGCAUAACCACUCAUAAGCUUCAAAAUAUUUUACAAGAACAUUCGGGAGAAUUUUCUUUGACGAAAUCAUCCGAGAAUAACCAAACAAUUGUUAAAUUAAAAAAAAUAGUAAAUCCUCAAGAGCCACAACACAAUUAUAUAGAUUCUAAUGCUAGAUCGCUUAGUAUUAUAUCAGGAGAUUUAAUAGACUUCAGUAAUAAUAAUGUUGACAAAAUUAUUAAAAAUAAUUCUUUUUACGUUUCAGAGAAUUCUUUAAUUUUAUCUAAUAAUGAACAACAACAAUGGCGACAAUUGCAAAAUCAACCAAAUAGUAAGAUUAAUCAAAUUAAUAAUGAUAAUGAUGAAACAAAAGAUAUCUAA